GUGGCCCCAGGUAAAAUUCCUGAAACAGUGUCCUUCGUAGAGCUGGGAGGGACACACUCACAUACAGGCUGCUCUGAAUAUGGACGGACUGAGGACGUUUCUGUUCCUGCUGCUUGCCUCACACAACGCUGUGUAUGUGCGGGGCCAGACGAACGUUCAGGAUUUCCUCAACACCUUUUGUAACACGAAUCGAAAUAGUCCUGGCUGUUCUGUGAGGCCCCUCGUUACAGAAGGAAUUCCAGGUGGAAAUGUCCCCGGACUAGGCAGCGGUGUGGCGUGCAUGCCAGGGACGAAAAAGUGCACGCAACUGUCGAAGCUGUGCGUGCCUUCAGACAUCCCCUGCAGCGUGACGGGAUCCGGUAGGACUUGCAGCGAACCGAAGGCCAUCAACUCGCAGCGGCGUGUCCUCGUGUGCGGCGACGGAACCGAGCAGGGCAGAGUCUGUGGCACCAUUGGCAACUUCCCCUUGCUGACCGUGUUGAUCGUUCAGUGCUUUGGGGAUUAUGAACUCGUAACUCAGAGAUCAAUCGCAGAACGCCAGCUCCAGUCGCUUGGAGUGAUGGAGAAACCAGGCAGCAAGAAGGGGGCUGGGAUUUACAUGUGCGACGCUACCCAGUCCUGGAGACCUUUGGCAGGGUCGCCUCCUCUCAACGCCCUCCAGCCGUCCUGUUUGAACGCAGGAUGCGGCUACGUCCCAGAGCCUCUGGACGGCCUCCCGGUGGACCGCCGCUGGUCGUGGGUGAGGCUCCUAUCCCGCAACGACAGACCCGCGUGCAGUGUCACCCUCGUCUCCCAGAACGCAGCCGUCACCGCCGCCCAUUGCGUGACCAAGAACCCAGCUUCGCGUGAGAUCCCUGACAGAUAUGAAUUCACGAUUGAACUGCCAGGAUACACUGUCAAGCCAAUCGACAUAUUCAUCCACCCAGAGUACGACCCGACAUCCCGCUAUCACCACGACAUCGCAGUGAUCACUUUCAAACGUAACACUGACAACCUUCUGCCGACCGUGUGCAUCGCGGACGAAGCGGUCAGGCCCUCCAGGGACAGGCAGCAAGUGAUCUUAGUGCUCGCCGAGAAUCGUAACAAACCCGAGUGGCAUAUCCGCCGCUCAAAAUGGAGUACGGACUGCCAGAGUCUCGCCCCUUCGAGAACCUUCUGUCAGGACCAGCUGCAAUUGAAGAGGAGCCAGUUCUGCGCGCAGUUUGAGGGAAUCAGCAUCACCGGCGGUUCAUCGGGAGGACCAUACCUGGCGGAUAUCGGCACGGGUUUGGACGAAGUGUGGGUGAUGAUGGGCGUGCUUUCCACCGUGAACACCGGCUCCGCGUGUUCCCAGGGACACCUCGUUUACAGCGACGUGGCGACUGACGCGCAGUGGCUGAAGGAGUGCGUGUUUUACGGCCGCUGCGACACCUUCUUCUCAACCGUCGUUCAGGGAAGAUGAAUUUGAAGAGGAGCUUUUUCCUCUGCUCGUGCUGUAAGGGGCGCCGGUUUAGAGAGACUUAGGCCUUGUCUUUGAUAUACGUAUGAAUGUAUGCACAUAAACACACAUAAGAGUAUUUAAGUUGAAAUAGCAACGCCUAUGCACAGAACGUACGAAGAAGGAAGGUUAAACUAAUUUGUCUUUUUAUCUUUAUAUCAAUAAAAUAAAUACUGUUGAC